CUACAAAAUAUAAUAUAUUUUAGUCUAUAUAAAGGAUGAUGAAGCAAACAAUGAUCAUAGUGAGCGAGUAACCAGCACCAUCUUAUCAGUAUGGCUACCAAUGAAUCUUUGCUAGAAAAGCCUAGAAAAUCUAUUCCCAAAACAUUUUGGUUAGUCCUCUCUUUGGUUGCUAUCAUAAGCUCAUCAGCACUUAUUGUUUCUCAUCUCAACAAACCAAACUUUCACCUGUCCUCAGCUCCCAAUCUGUGUGAACAUGCACUUGAUACAAAAUCCUGCUUAACUCGUGUAUCAGAAGUAAUUCAAGUUACAACUUACAAUACAAAAGACCAAAAAUUGCACGUACUAUUGUCCUUAUUAACCAAGUCCACCACACACAUUCAAAAAGCAAUGAACACGGCUAACGCUAUUAAACGCCGAAUUAAUAGUCCUAGAGAAGAAAUUGCUUUGAAUGACUGUGAACAACUAAUGGACUUGUCCAUGGACAGAAUUUGGGACUCGGUGUUCGCCAUGACAAAAAGUAAUAUUGACUCGGAUAAAGAUGCACAUACAUGGUUAAGUAGUGUGCUCACUAAUCAUGCAACUUGCUUGGAUGGAUUAGAAGGUAUAUCUUUGACUCUUAUGGAAAAUGACAUUCAAGAAAUGAUAUCUAGAGCUAGAACUUCUCUAGCUGUGUUUCUUGCUGUUUUUCCUCAAAAGGGUCACGACGAAUUCGUUGAUGAAACAUUGAAUGGUGAAUUUCCAUCUUGGGUUACAAGCAAUGGUAGGAGUCUUUUGGAGUCUUCUGUUGGAGACAUAAAGGCAAAUGUUGUUGUGGCAACUGAUGGGAGUGGCAAGUUUAAGACUGUGGCUGAGGGUGUAGCAUCUGCACCUGAUAAUGGUAAGACAACAUAUGUUAUCUAUGUGAAAAAGGGAACUUACAAAGAGAAUAUUGAAAUUGGUAAGAAAAAAACAAAUGUGAUGCUUGUUGGUGAUGGUAUGGAUGCAACAAUAAUCACAGGCAACUUGAAUUUCAUUGAUGGAACAACCACCUUCAAAAGUGCCACUGUUGCUGCGGUUGGGGAUGGAUUUAUAGCACAAGACAUUUGGUUCCAAAACACGGCAGGCCCAGAGAAGCACCAAGCAGUGGCUCUGCGUGUCGGCGCAGACCAAUCUGUCAUCAACCGUUGCCGCAUUGACGCAUUUCAAGACACUCUAUAUGCACACUCCAAUAGACAAUUUUACCGUGAUUCCGUAAUUACAGGUACAAUUGACUUCAUCUUUGGAAACGCAGCUGUUGUUUUCCAGAAGUGUAAGUUAGUGGCUCGAAAGCCUCUAUCCAACCAAAACAACAUGUUCACAGCUCAAGGCCGAGAAGAUCCAGCUCAAAACACAGGAACUUCAAUUCAACAAUGUGACCUAACACCAAGUGAUGACCUUAAGCCUGUUGUUGGCUCCAUCAAAACAUUCCUUGGCCGCCCAUGGAAGAAAUACUCCAGAACUGUUGUAUUGCAAUCAUUUCUGGACAGCCACAUUGACCCAACAGGAUGGGCUGAAUGGGAUGCCACAAGUAAGGACUUUUUGCAAACGUUGUACUACGGAGAGUACAUUAACAAUGGACCAGGUGCUGGUACUGGUAAGAGAGUGAACUGGCCAGGUUAUCAUAUCAUCACAAGCGCAACGGAGGCUAGCAAGUUUACAGUAGCACAGCUAAUCCAAGGUAAUGUUUGGUUGAAGAACUCAGGGGUGGCCUUCACUGAGGGAUUGUAAAAUGAGCAUGAGUGAGCAAGUUUGUACUGGUUUUUUCUUAUGCGGGUCGAUGUUGUGGAAAAUAAAAUAGAAAAUUUGUGCUUUAUGUGAGGAAAUUUUCAAAUAAUGGAUGUUGUAUUCUUGUAUGGCCAUGUAAUGAAUGUUUCAUGUCAUAACUAAAAAUGUAUUUUAGCCAAAACAUUAUUACAGUGCACCUUGCUCA